CUUCCCUCCCGACUCAAGUCCAAAGCUCUUGCCAGGUGCGGGGUGCUGUGCCGGCUGCAUUUAACUCGUCCCAGAUUCCCGAUUACAAUCCAUCCAAUUAGCCAACAGCCUCACCCUCCAUUCCACUCCCUCUGUACCCUUUCUUUCCCCUCAUCGCCUUGGCCCUGUUUGUCGCGGGCUCGCUGGUAGUGCCGCACACUCCGUCUCUGUCGCGGAACGUGCCAAGCUGCCCUACCUCCCGCUCGCCCCUUGCCUGCAGGUCACGCCGAGAUACCGCGUCGUACCCUGCGCCCGCUGCUGCUACCGACUGGCUGCUGCUACCCAAACCCAGUCUUUCCUGACCGUGCUGUGCAUCGCUCGCUGCUUCUGCUGUCGCUGCUACCACCCUUCUGCCACUUUAGGAGCCUGCUUGUCCGCCCAGACGCCUUCUGCUAUUACCUGUCUGCCUGCCCGCCCGCUAUCGAUCGUACCACGCCAACGCACGCGCAACCCCCAACGGAAAGGCCGCCAGUAGAAUUCCCGAGGCAUCCUCGGCCUUAUCCCUAGGCGACACCUCGUGCUUGGCUAGCUCUGCCACUAACCGUUGAGCACGCGGGCCCGAUUUCGCUCACUACCCCCAAACCUCGGUUUCGCUCCAGGCGCGACGGAAAGGCCGCCCGAGACGAUUCGGGCAACCUUGUCCAUUCCCCUCGGACGUGAUAAAGUCGAUUGGAAAGCCGCUGUCCAGCUGUCUGACCUCUCCGCCGAGCAAACCGCACCUAUCGCCCAUUCCCGCCACCCACCAUGCUCUCCCGUCGUAUCCUCCGAGAGGCAGCUGCCCCGCUGCGCGGGGCCCGGAGCUUCGCCACCUCGGCCGUAGCUCGCUCGCAGAAGCGCACGCCGUCCCUAGCCGAUAUCGAACCGGACCGGCAGGCAGAAUUCCUCGAAAAGCAGAAGGCGUUCCGGACACAGCUCUCGGAGGCGCAGAAGCAGCGCGGUACCAGUUUGUCCACUCCAAAGUCCUCCCCCGCCUCCUCCUCCUCCUCCUCCUCGACGUACUCGUCAUCGUCGUCCGCCCCCAAGGGUGGCGGCGACGGCGGCUCCGUCCUGGACAGCUUCAUCCCCGGCACCGUCCAGGGCCUGGGCUCACUUAGCACCGCCAAAGGUCGAGCGGCCGAGACGGCGUCGCACGAGCCGGCGCGCAAGCUCGGCCCGCUAACGAACCUGAUCUACGGCACCAAGGAGGGCCGCGAGAUGGACGCCCAGAUCGAGGCCAGCUUCAGCCAGGUCCUCGCCCGCGGCAAGUACGUCCACACCAUCGUCUUCCACGAGGUCAAGCACGACAAGACCGAGGAGUACAUGGAUCUGGUCGGGAAGUGGUACCCCCGCAUAGCCUCGGAUCCUGAGAAUAAGGUUCAUCUUGUGGGGAGCUGGCGUACCGAGGUUGGCGACUGCAAUACGUUUGUCCAUAUCUGGGAGUACCAGCGGUACACGGGAUAUCACGCCUCCCUCAACAUCAUCGCGGGGCACCCCGAGUUCCCCGGGUUCGAAAAGAAGCUCAACUCGCUCAUCAGGUCCAACAACUCGUCCCUGAUGCAAGAGUUCUCCUUCUGGCCCACGACCCCACCGCGGCACCUCGGCGGCGUCUUCGAGCUGCGGUCGUACACGCUGCACCCGGGCAACCUGCUCGAGUGGGAGACGCACUGGCGCCGCGGGCUCAAGGCGCGCCGCGAGGUCAUGGAGGGAGUCGGCGCCUGGUUCGUCCAGAUCGGGGAGCUCAACACGGUCCACCACCUGUGGCAGUUUGCCGACCUGGAGCAGCGCAAGAUCACGCGCGAGAAGAGCUGGAGCAUCUCGGGCUGGAGCGAGACGGUCCACAAGACAGUGCCGCUGAUCCAGAGCAUGAAGUCGCGCGUCCUCGUGCCCAUGCCCUGGUCCCCGGUCGCGUAGAGCCUUCACACGCGCGAGCAUUGUUUGUCUAGCUCUUGCCGCGCUUUACAGCCUCUUAGUCCCUAUAUUUGGAAGCAUCGCGGUUGUUUACGAUUUUUCUCCUGUGUUUGUGUGCCACGAAUUCCUCAUAUUCUUUUUGCCGGUACUGUCUUUCUCUGGUGUACCCGCCCGGCGUGUUUGACUGAAUAUCUAGUCAUCAAGCAUAUCCUGUUUAGAAUUGAAGAUGCCAUGGUUAGUGUAACUGUUGUUUAGCCUUGUAUUGCACCCCACG